AUGGCAGACUUUGAAAAGAACCUUCGUCAGGACCUGAUUUCUCAGCUGCAUAAUUUUGCUGCUGUUGGAGAUGCAGCCAAGCUGAAAGCGUUGCUCCGUCAUUCUCCGUCACUUACCAAUGCAGCUGCAGAUAAUGGCUGGACAGCCCUGAUGUAUGGUGCCAGAAAUGGACACCUUGAGGUUGUGCGGAUUCUGCUUGAAGAAGGGUGUGACAGGUCCAUCGUUAAUAAAUCAAGGCAGACGGCUCUGGACAUUGCUAAAUUUUGGGGGUACAAGCACAUAGCUAAUUUAUUGGCCAAUGUGAAGGGUGGGCAGAGGCCUAAUUUUCUGCCAAAUGAAGUGAAAGAAUAUGAAAAUUAUUUUGGCUUGACUCUUCUGGACAGAAGGAGUGAUAAAAGAACAGAUUCCAAGUGGCUAAGCAAAAAACAGAGCCAUCCAACUACAGUAUACGUCCUCUUCUCAAAUCUAAGUCCUUUGGUUACUUUGGGUGAGGGAAUAGGGAGCUCCCAUCAGCCAGAAGUAAGGCUUUGCAGACUGUACUACAAAGAUGUGGAGCAGUGCUUGAAGAAGCACCAAAGUGAAGAAAGCACCUUGAUUUUUCUUGGUGUUGAACUUCAGUUCCACGUGAACCUGCUGCCUCCUUGCGAUGGAAGAGUUCUGCAAGAAGAUGAAGAGGAUGGGUUAGUUGCUUGGUUUGCUCUUAGCGUAGGUUCUGUUUCUGCUGAGAAAUUUAAACAGAAGCGUGAGGACUGUUACUUUCUUCACCCACCAAUGCCAGCUCUACUGCAGCUACCUGAAAAAGAAGCCGGAGUAGUAGCACAGGCUAGAUCUGUUCUAGCAUGGCACAACCGCUACCGAUUCUGCCCAACAUGUGGGAGUGCAACCAAGAUUGAGGAAGGAGGUUACAAGAAAACUUGCUUAAAAGAAGAUUGUCCCAGUCUGCAAGGUGUUCACAACACAUCAUAUCCAAGAGUUGAUCCUGUUGUGAUAAUGCAAGUCAUCCAUCCAGAUGGGAACCACUGCCUUUUAGGUAGGCAGAAGAGAUUUCCCCCAGGAAUGUUUACCUGUCUUGCUGGAUUUGUAGAACCUGGUGAAACAAUAGAAGAUGCUGUUCGAAGAGAAGUAGAAGAAGAAGCUGGAGUCAAAGUUGGCCAUGUUCAGUAUGUCUCUUGUCAGCCAUGGCCAAUGCCCUCCUCCCUAAUGAUUGGCUGCUUAGCUGUUGCAGUGUCUACAGAAAUUAAAGUUGACAAGAAUGAAAUAGAGGAUGCCCGCUGGUUCUCUAGAGAACAGGUCAUGGAAGUUCUCAUUAAAGGAAACCAGCAUUCUUUCUUUGUACCACCAAGUCGCGCUAUUGCACACCAGUUGAUAAAACAUUGGAUUGGAAUGGAUGCUAAUCUUUAA